AUGGCGUGUCGGAAUAGGAAAUCGCGCGUGAAGCCUGGAAACUUUGACUACGAGAGGACUAAGCCUUCACAAGCCAGGGGGAGGGCAGCAGGCGAGCAGCAGGCGAGGGGAGCACCAGGGCGGGCAGCAGAGGCGGGGAAGGCAGCAGAGGGAUCACUGGAGGAGAAGGGGAGGGGAGGGAGGGAUGAGGCAACAGCCCUGUUGGCGGCUCUUCAUCUGCCAGUUUAG